GUCGCUUUCCUUGUCGACGGUAAAACUGUAAAUCGAUCGGCCAUUUUAUAUUUUCGCUGAGUCGGUGUCGCGUUUGUGAAUUGCAAUACAUUUGCUGUUUACACUUUAUUGAACCUGUAAUUUUGUACAAAACUGCUAAAGAAUUUAUAAAUUCAAAUUGUUUUAAGAUUAUUCAAUAGCUGCAAACACUGUUUUUGUGAAAAAAUGGCGAACCGUCGCCCUCAAGGAGGUGGUAGGCGCAUGGAUUUUGGACGCAACGAUCGAUCGAAGAAUUUUCGUGGUGGUGUCUCACCUUGGCAAGGUGGGGGCCCGGGCGGUGACCUCCCGAACCUGCUUCCAUUGGGUGGUGGCCCUACUGAAGCUACUUUAGCUCUCGCCAGCAACAUUAUCAACCUUCUUCAACCGCGUCAAAAUCCGGUGCCUUCCUUACUAGACAUGCCUAUGCGCCGUGAUUUCGGUCCUAACAUGAAUCGGUAUGACCGAGGUUAUGGACCUAAUAGGAUGGGCAAUCAAGGUAAUUUCCGGCGUACGGGAAAUUACAAUCGUGCUGGUGAGCGUAUCAACAAUCGUAAGCCGUUCAGGCCCAAUGAUGGGCCAAGACAACAAAACAAGAACUCCCCGAAAAAGGAAGCCGAUUCAAAGGCUAAGCCUGUUAAGGACAGUGAGGAAAACAACGAUUCUGACAAGCCUGAAAAGUCAGAAGAGGACAAGAAAGAUACUCCAAAGACCCGCUAUGAUGACAUCAACCCUCAACUAUUGAAGUGCCACAUUUGUAACAAGAGUAUGUGGGAUGGAAGGUCAUUUGAAAAUCAUCUGAGUGGCCGAGCCCAUGCUAUUAUGAUGCAAAAAACUGCAGAAAGUUAUGCUCUAACUGCUGAUACCAUGAGACAGGAGUUUAAGAUCCGAGAAAUGAAACGCACUCGUAAAGCGGGGCAGCAGCCGCCGCGCGACUUCUACUGCGCCAUGUGCGACAUGUACGCGGCCGACGGCGCCAUCCACCGCACCACGGUCGGCCAUCGCAAGCUCAAGAAGUAUCUGCACCCCACAUGCACCUCGUGUCACAAGGAGAUGCCCACCAGGAUUGAGCUAGACGAACAUCGUCUCACUGCUGAACAUUUGAAGAAUAUGCAAGAUAAGCAAGAUGUGAUCUCUAAGCCGAAACCGGAAGUGAUGAUAAUAUCGACCUUGAAUAUGGAGCAAAUGUACCUCCGUGAUGAUAGACAACGUUGGAAGCGUGGGGAGCGACAGGAUAAGGACAAGGAUGAAACAGAGAAAGAAAUUGAGAUUAAGAAGGAGGAAGGUGAAGCCGAAAUUAAGAAGGAACAAGAACAAGAGGAUGGUGAAGUGAAGCAGGAGCCAGAAGUGAAAAAGGAGAGUGUUGACACCGAGACCACAAUCCUGGACUUCAAAGAGGGAGAUGAUAUCACCAACAUGACUGCUGAAAUGUUACCUGUUUACAGCACGGAGCGAGGCGUGGGGCGCUCGUUCCUGUCGCCUUUCAGCUGCGUGCAGUGCACGCUGUGCCGCAAACUGCUGGACACUGACGAGACGGCUGAGGUGCACUUGCGCACGUGGCGCCACCACCAGCUCUUCGUGCGCCUGCUGGGCGACAAGAGCGGCAACCAAUCUAUACAGCCGACCCCAGAGAGUAGUAAGCGAGCGCUACAUAAUGACGAUUCUGGUACGUGGAAGAGACGCAAGACAACUCAUGAUGAUGAAGAGGAGGAACAAAAAGAACAGAAUGGACACGAAAGUACCGUUAAAACAGAAGAGCCAGCAGAAACCAAGCCAGAUGUUGAAGCUAAUUUAUUCAAUGAAGAUGGAGAUCUGCCUGCUGCUGAUGAACUCGAAGACUGGGAGCAGUCCGUAGAUGAGAUACUUUAUGAUGAGAAAAAACGAGAAGACGAAAAACCUGCAGAAGAAGAAGAAGCACCACGAGUCGAAGAAGAACCAAAAGCUGCGGAGCCUGAAGAAGUAAAAGCGACUCCUCCACCAGCCAGUCAACCGAAGCCUACACCACCGGCACGUGGCAGAGGACGCCGCCGUUACUAGACGAGGACGUUGUUUAUUGUAUUUUCAUUCACACAAUGACCGUAAUAUCACUUCUACACAUAUUCAUUUUAUAAAUCAUAAUAAGGUAACGGCAUAGUCUAGUGAUCUCUACGGCGAUAUUUCAACAAACUAUCAAAGUUAUACAAGCGAUACAGAUAUGAAACAUCGCACAGUAUUCGCCAAAUGGCGAUUCUCGUUUUGAAAGUUCAUUAACCAUUAUUAUAUUACUUUACAUUAAAACUCACUCAUCUGACGUCAGCUCAUUGCAAGAACUAAUAAAUUCCAAAAAAAACAUAAGUAACAAAUUGAUAUGUAUGUAUGUUACACUUAAAAUUCUUGAUAAGUUAGAAGAACUUUAGAAAGUUUAAGUUUUUAUUGUAACAUAUACAAUACUAACACGAGGAUAUAACGAUCAAUCUACAAAAUAUACUUUGUAUACAUAAAACUGACUGAGAUGAAGUUUUAUAAAACAUUUUGAUAUUAAUUGCAAUUGUUGAGUUCUUGCAUUGAACUAAUGCACCAACGGUACAGAUAUCGCGUCUAAAUUGUCUUCGACCGCGAUAUUGACUACAUAAUAUUGUAGCAGAGCUAUUUAUUAUGAUGACACUACGCAAUCUUAUGUUUAAAAGUACAUAUGUAUGUUAAUAUUUUAUUAAAAUAAAAACAGCGGUAACUAUCUUGUCUAUAUUAGAAAUGUUUUUGUAGAACAAAUGAUUCUUCUCAUUAUUCUCAUUCAUCUGGAAAGACUACCUGCCAUUUCUAAGAUGGUAAUUAAAACACUUGUUAGUCGACUGUUGCCUCAUCGGCCUGCAACUAGCCAGUGAUCAUUUAGAAUAAAAUAGGUCUCUAUCUUUGAUCAACAUUUCAGAAAACUGGAGUUUAGUAGUAGGAAACGAUUCUCUUUGUGUAGUAGCUUCAUAUAUUAAAAGUAAAUAAUUAGUGUCUUUUAUCCAAUCUUAUAAAAUAUUAAAAGUCUUAGACUUAUAUUAUUAUGUAUUUCCAUGUAGGGAUAAUAAUCAAAUAUAAUAAUGGCAGUUAAAAAUAGAAAAUAUUGUGAAGUAAUUAGGGGGAUCCUUCCUAAAGAAUUCUAUGGCGGUUUUUGUUACACAAAUUUCUGUCUUCUUCAAUUGAAUAAACAAUUUCAUAAUGUCAAUAAAAAAUAAAUUGGUGUAUAACUUCACUCAUUAUAUAACUUUUAUUAAGUGGUUCUUAGGGUAUGUACGCACUAUGCGGAUAGUCGGAAUGCGGUCAACCGUCCGGUUAGCCGCAGGACGCGGUUAACCGGGCGGCGGCUAGCCGUAACCGCAACCGGAAAGUGCGGAUAGGAUAACGUUGCGGUUUCAUCGAACCAUUUCGAAGAUGGACGCUGAAGAAGUCGCAGCUAUUUAUUAUAUUUACUUGCGCUAUAUAAAGAAAAAGAAACAAAGAAAAAGGUACUGGGUUCAUCCUUAUUUGCAAACUCGAGAUGAGACUAAACAUUUUGAAAUAUUUUUCGGAGAGCUCAAAAAGUAUGAAGACAAGUUUUUCGAUACACUAGAAUAAGUCUAAAAUCAUUUGAAGAACUUUUAAGCAUUCUGAGAACCUGUAUAACAAAGCAAGAUACACAGUUUCGGAAUAGCAUUAAGCCGGAAUUAAAGUUAACGAUAGUGCUAAGGUAAGUGAAAUAAAAUAAUUUAUAUUUAAUUUGUUAUUUAUUUAUUCAUCCUCAGUAUCAUUAAUAGAAUUAAAAAGUUCAAUAUAAGACGAGUGUUCACUGUUCUGAGACUGGUGACUGAGUUGAUAAUGGCGAUUGUACCUCAAAAUUUUGAGAAGGUGGUCGUCCAACGUCCAAUGAUUGCAUAAGCUCAGUGUGAGGAUUAUUUCUUGAAUAAUGUGCCGUUUGAUAUCCACGAUAGGUAUUAUUAGCCCUUGAAAAACUUCAUGACGCGUUUGAAUAAUCACAGAACUGCUGUGCAUCCUUUUUUACUUUUAAAAUAUCUAACUUUGUCUGCAUUUGCAUGUGCUCAGGUAUUUUCUUAAAUUCCUUUACCAAUGACAAGAAAAAAAGGCGAUCGUCGUCAUCAUCCAUAUUCUUUCUUUCUAAAUUUUUACUCAACACUCCAACUAACUUUGCACCGACUUCAUUAUCAUCGUUGUUUUUCUUACGUCUUUUUGGCGGCAAUGAAGACAUUGACGGAACAUUGACUUCUGUCUGUAUACUCGUGUUUUCAUCGUCAUUUCCUGUAACAUUACCAUCUGUGCGGUUAACCGUUACUGUAUCUUUUAUAAAUAAAAGAUUAUCAUAGAAUACAUAUGGGACCUUCUUUUUUGCUGCAGACCCACUCUUGCUUUCUUUUGCUUUAUGGGCCUUUACAAAAGCGUCGCGAAUGUUUCUCCACCUUUUUUGAAGAUCCAGACCUGUAAUAAAACAUUUUUUUUCAGAUAUUUGCCGCAUGACAGUCCGUAUAAAUAUUAAUUUUUCAUACAUUUUUUUGAUUGCGGUUAACCGGACGGUUAACCGCACUCCGGCUAUCCGCAUAGUCCGUACAUACCCUUAGUGUGCUUGAUUUUAUUUUCCUAUUUUGGAUAAUGGAAUUCACUAUUUCUAUUUCAAUAUUUAAAUCUAUUGCAAGACAUCUCUCAGCUGGAUGAUCUUGCAUCGCAAGGGCUAUUAAAGUUUUUAUUACUGUCAAAGCUUGAGGUUUAGUUAUUUACUAGGAAAUAUAUAGCAUGCAGGUAUAUAAAAGUAGUGUAAUGUAAGAGUUUAGUAAAUAGCGCUUGCUAUUUUUAAAAAUAGUCUUUUUGCAUGGUAAAUAAUAAUGAUAGGUACAUUAUAUCCGUCAGAAGAAUUUAGUGUGAGCAAGGAUUGUGUUUUGCGAUCGCUAAACUAAACCGAUUUGUCAGGAUUUAUAGUAUUGCUGUACCAUUCUAAUGUGUGAAAUUAAAAAGUAUAGCAAGUUUUAAGUCUUAACAAAUUAGCUUAGGUAUUGUGGCAAAUAUUUUGACAUUUGUCGAAAGGCAAGUCGACCAAUCGCGCGGUAGUACGAUGUUACUCUGUCCCUCGCGCCCCGCACGACUACUACGUCAUUAAAACGGCAAUUGGCAAAAUGUUUGUCCGUUAUUAUUAUUUGUUGUAAACUAUAAAUACAAUAAAAAUGUCUGAAUUAUUGAUAACUAUACUUCCAAUUUCAUGAGUUUGUUGUUGAAUGUUAAGAAACAACGUAUCAUCAAACAUUAAUGAUUUUUAUAAUUGGAAAGGGCAAGUUUGGAAGAGUACUAUAUAUCUAUAUACAUAUAUUGUAUAAUUUAGUGUGGAUAAUAAUUAAUCCCAAUUUCAUUUAAUUGAUUGUGUUAU